CCAGUUCCGUCAAAAAGCGGAAUUUGUGAUAAAAGAUGAACGCAGUGCAACAAAAGGCUGGCUUCGACAUGCAGCACAGAUGCUUGGUCUUCUCAGCCUGUGUCCUCACCUCAGCAGCCCUGCUGUCGACCUAUGUAGCAGCGGUGGCUCUGCACCACGUCCUCGCACUGAGGGCAGAGAUCUCCUCCAUGAGAGAGGAGCUGGAGUCCUACAAGUUCCGACUGGACCACUUAGCGAAGGGCACCAGGGGGCAAGCAGCGAACUGGAGCAGCGCGGCCAGCCGGCUCGGCGAGGUUCUCACCGGGGAGCGGCGCGGCGGGGAGACGGGGCGAGGGGGAGAAGCGAAGCCUCGCAGCAGGAGGUCGCUUCCUGAGCCAGCUCGGCGCUCCUUUGUGCAGCUCAUCGCCACCAACGACCAGCGGCCGGUGCUCCGAGCCAGCAACUGCCAGAAGUGCCUCCCGGGAAGGCAUCAGCAAGUCUGCCGAGCUGAACGGAGACCUGUGUCCAGCCAGAACCGUGUGGAGGGGACUCUUGUCCCCUGGAUGCUCAGCCUGAAGAAAGGGACUGCUCUGGACAGAAUGGACAACAAGAUCUCGGUGAAGGAAGCCGGCUUCUUCCUCAUUUACAGCCAAGUGUGGUACAAGGACAACAUUUUUACAAUGGGACACUUUAUAAAAAGAGUCAAAGCCAAUAUUGUUGGCAGUGAGCCCCGGACCUCCAUUCUCUUUCGGUGCGUCCAGAAUAUGCCUGCCUGUUGCCCCAAUAACUCCUGCUUCACCGCGGGCGUUGCCAAACUGGAGGCAGGAGAUGAGCUGGAACUGGUCAUCCCACGGGUGCAAGCCCACGUUGCAUUAAAUGGGGACGGGACGUUCUUUGGAGCAAUACAACUGCCAUAAACCCGAGUGCAGAGCGUUCGAGGCAAAGUCGUCGAGAGUGCGAGGAGCAAGUCGAUUCCUUCCUCGCUCCGGUAGAGCGAUGGCCCGAAGUUUUCACUGUGCUUUGGACAAAUCAAGCAGGUCAGGCAGCAUCUCAGGAGCAGGAGAAUCCAGGACAAGCCCUUCCUGACCCAUUUUGCUAGGUGCAUGAGUCAGAGGGAAAUGGGUCAGGGUGGGUUACUCCUUGGAGGGUCAGUGUGGACUGGUUGGGCCGAAGGGCCUGUUCCUGCACUGUAGGGAAUCUAAUCUAAAAAAAAUCUCAUCAGGAACCAAUGAUUCAUUCCUGAUGAAGGGCUUGAGCUUGAAACAUCGAUUGUCCUGCUCCUCGGAUGCUGCCUGACCUGUUGAGCUUUUCCAGUACUACCCUCUCAACUCUGAUCUCCAGCAUCUGUAGUCCUCACUUUCUCCCUUUGGGAAAAAAAAUAAUUUUGCUUUUGCGCAGUCAAGAAUAGAAACAGUGGAAAAUAGAAUGGCAGUUCCUGAGUUCAGGAUGUUUCAGUUGUUCUGUGAAAAAAAAAGGCAGUGUUAGGAAACUCAGUGGAUUUCAACAGAGUCAUCCUCUGCUGCAUGCUACCCUGUUUUGGAGGGAAUUGAUAAUGCAUGGGACAGGGAAGGCAGCCCAGAACAAGGCAGCAUCCUGUAUCUCUAUGAUUUGCAGUAGUUACAAUCCAGACAUCUCACCAAAGGAAGCUCAGUCCUGCAAGAAACAAAGCCUGUCUGACACGCAGGAUGAGCCAGAUCAAUGCUGGAGGAAGAUGCCCUUGAAGAUUCAAUGUAGCCCAAGAGCUGCCAGUGAUGAACAGCACUAUACAUCCAGUGAGAGAAAUACUUCGGAUGAUCGAACCAGAAUUCCAAUAAAAUGAAAUGCCCCCCCACACAGAUGGGAUGACAGGAGGUGGGGGCACUAGGGACAAGGCCUGGAGAGUGACCAACAGUAAGAAUCCAGGCUGGAUACAUCCACAACCUCAACUCUCAGGCUUCGACCAUGGUCAGCAGAGAGGCACUGUCACAUUCCAACAAGAUCAUUUGGAAGCCAGUCAAAUAGGACAUAACCACACUUUAAAGAAAGAAGGUCAGUACUUUCUCAUUGACAAUGCACCACGAUCCUCGCACAGUGUGGCAACAACGCGACCAAUGCUUUAAUUGUAAACACAUGCCUUAAAAACUCUUCCUUCAAUCUGCAGGGAGAGACAAUCGUGACUGGGACUACUGACUGUAUGUGAUGGAUCAAGUUAGUUUUGGGUAUUAAAAAGGGCUUAUUUAUUAAGGCCUGUAGUAUUUCACUGUGUAUUUAUCCCUUUCUCUGUCUGAACAUUGCUGACUUCGCACUGUGGGAUCCUUUCGAGACUCAGUAUUUCUUCCAUCGCACAGGCCAACAUGUCUAAGGACGGAGAGAAGCUUAAUGUAGCUGUCACAAGGUUAAUAAGGGGAGCAGUCUUUAAAUGAUGUUCUCCUUUCUCGGCAAGAAAUGUAACUAUUAUUUUGAAGCCCAGAUGUAAAUACAGCAUAUUUUCUAUUCAAAUGUUUACGUAGAUGCCUGAAUGCAUGGACAGAAGUAUGAGAGUGAACACUACAAUAUACAGUCUUAUCAUCACAAGUUACUUGCCAAGCAUGGCAUGACUUUAAUACUGCACAGAAUGUUUUCUGAAUUGUGUAUAUUUUCAUUUGA